GCACAGUUAUCGUUCGUCCGUGCUCCAGUGAUCUGCAGUCUUAAAAAAAUCAAUAUGAAAUAUUUCACUCUUCUGCUGCUGCUCUGUGGCCUGAUGGCAAGUGCUUUGGCCACACUCAAGUCGCCUGUCUGUGGAGAGGAGUCUGGAAAGAUUGGCGAGUGUAGGGCAUCGCUCACGAAGUGGACCUAUCGCGAGGAUAAAAACGAAUGCAUUGAAUUCUUGUACAGUGGCUGCCAUGGCAAUAACAAUCUUUUUGAUAGCAAGAAAAUAUGUGAACAGACCUGUAAGGUUUAAAGCUUUCCCAUUCUACAUAAAAGUAGAUUUAAUGUGAAGAAAUGUUUAUGAUUUUAAUGCUAUAAUAAUAAAUUCAUCUUUAUUGGAUAAAUA